AUACCAGGAAUAAGUGUUAAUAGAUGAACUGAAGGCAUGAAAUUGUUGUGAUGGAUUUCACAGAACACCUACUGCCAGAAUUAUUAGACAAAAUCUUAUCAUAUUUAACAGAAAAAGAACUUGUGACUUUCUCAAAAUGUUGUGCUAAAUGGAGAGAAAUAACAAAUAAAGACACAUUAUGGUUGCAUCAUUGUAUGAGAAGAGGAUGGCUAAGAUUUGGUCUAAAUGGCGACAUCAACAGAGAAACUCAUCUUAAUGUAAAGAUGUCAAAUAUUGGUGGAAAUUCUCCAGUUUUCCAAUUAUAUGUUCCAGAAGAGACCAGAUUAUCCCCAAUUUGUAAGUGGAAAAACAUUUUUAUUAGAGUUCAUCAUUUAAAUAAAAACUGGAGAAAAGGUCGUUAUUCAGUUUCACCAUUGCUGAAAGGACAUGCAGAAAAAGUUACAGCAUUAGCAUGUAAUGGAAAGUAUAUAGUUUCUGGGAGUGAAGACAAGUCAUUAAGAAUGUGGGACAUGGCACAAGCUACAUGUAUCAAGAAAUUAGAUGGACACCUUGACACUAUUACAAAGAUUAUUUGGAAAGGGAACACACUAAUCACAGGUUGUGCUGACAGUUCUAUACGUGUGAUAGACUCUACAAAUUUCACCCUGUUAUUUUCCCUGCAAGGACACAGUGGCAGCGUUGAUCACAUGACACUUGUUGGUAAAGUUCUAGUUUCUGCAGCAACAGACAGAACAUUGCGAAUGUGGUAUCUCCCAGACAGAAGACUUGUCAACAUAUUCAGAGGUCAUACAGAUGAUAUUGAGUGUAUGUAUAGCCAUGGUACACAUGUUGUGACAGGAUCCUGGGAUAAAACACUAAUACUGUGGGAUAUAGAGCAUGCUGAACAGUUUCAUAUGUAUAGUGGACAUAAUGAAGUAGUGACAUGUUGUUAUUUUGAUGGAGAGAAGAUAGUUAGUGGUAGUGGAGACAAUGAUUUAAGGAUCUGGCAAAUUUCCCCACCAGGAUGUUCACAUAUACUGCAAGGUCAUGAAGGGGAAGUGUACUGUCUAGCAGCAAACCAUCAUGUGAUAGCAUCUGGAUCAUCAGAUAGUACUGUCAGGAUAUGGAACUAUAAUGGAAAAUGCCAGCAUGUUCUACAGGGUCAUCUAGGUAUUGUUAGAUGUCUACAUAUAUGUGAAGAACGACUAGUCAGUGGUGGUGACCAGAAAAAAGUCAUAGUUUGGGACUAUAAAAAAGGAGUUCAGAUGAAUAUUGUACAUAGACAUCCAUCAUUGUUACAUUUAAUGUGGGUCAAUGAAACUAAGUUAAUUACAGCAUCUCCCGAAAGACCAGGCACUGUGGCAGUACUCAGUUACUGGUAGUGAAUCUACAGAUACUGGUAGUGAAUCUACAGAUACUGGUAGUGUUGGUAGAGAAUCUACAGAUACUGGUUGUGAAUCUUCACAUAAAAGUCAUAUUUGGAAUUUGCCAAGAUAUUUGAAUUUGCCAAGAUAUAUUGGACAUUCUUAUAAUUGUAGAUCAUUCUCCAGAUGAGAAUUGCUCAGAAAGACAUUUGAUGUUACUAGAACUUAUAGUAAAUAUCUUUUAAAGAGUUCAAAAGCUUACGAUUAUUUGGGAAUAAUGAUUAUAGUGUGAUUAAUUUAUAAAGAACUGGGCAUAACAAACAAAAUAACAGUUGAUAGUAAAGAAGUAGAACUGUAGCAAGCUGGGACCUUAAGACAUUUAGAAUUGCAUAGAAAUUUCAGACAAUUUCAUCAUUGUAGAUCUAUCAAGAUAAGAAUUGAUCUUUGGUUAUCAGAUUUUCUAAGGAAAUUUUAGCUAAAGAACAGCUCUUUUUGAUAGUUAUUGGCAAUUAAUGAAAUAUACCUGGCCAACUAUUCUUCUGUAUGGGCAUAAAACUAACAUUUUAGACAAAAACAAAAUCCAAAACUAAAGUAGUUUUGUUCUGCUAUUUAUCUAUUGUUAUUCAAAUAAAAGAUCAGAGUAGGAAUCUAUCUUUAUGUUUUUAUAAUUUCUCAAAAUUACUGGUAUAAAUGUCAAUAUUUGUAAAGUCAAUAAGCUAUUCAGAAUGUAUAAUAGUCCGUUAAGUUUAGAUUCAGAUAACUUUAUUACAUUUUUCAUGAAUAAGUGGGUGGCUUAAGCUCAUAAUUUAUAAUCAUGCUUGUUAUUUGAUUUCACUCAAAUCAAAAUUUAUAAUACUGUCUAAAUACAUUCCAUUAAUGUAAAUGAUGAAGUUUUUUUGGUAUCUUUGAUUAAUAAUAAACUUUUUUUUUAUUUCUUUGCAAGCACUCAAAUUAAAAUUUGCAACACUGUUUGAAUACAUUCCAUAGAUGUAAAUGAUUAUUUUUUCUGUUUCUUUAAUAAAUAAAUCUUAUUUGAAUUUUUUGCAAAUCACAUUUAAAUUAAUUUUCUUUAUGUUGAGUAAAUCUCAUUUGUGUUUUUUUCUCCAUGUUUUGCAAAUCUCAUUUUAAUUUUUUUUUAAUUUCAUGAAAAUUUAGUAAAACAUUUGAUUAAAUUAGUCUUCCCGUCCAUUUUAUGCAAAUUAUGUGCCAAAUACAUGUACAUUUAUUAAAAGUGCAAGUAUGUAUUUCAUAAAAUUUGUGUUAUUCAUAUUUUCAUUGUAAAUGAUUUCUUAUCAGAUAUUUAUAUGUAUGUAUUUUUAGCUCAUCUGUUCAAAGAAUAGUAUAUGGAGUUAUCCUUCCUAACUAUGCAUUAGCAGCAUUGUUGUAACACAAUGUUAGGGUUUUACACGGAUCUUCAUUUCUUAUAGACCACUCAGGAGCAUUUACAUGCAACUUCAGAUACCCUUCCAUAGGUCAUUUCUUGUGCAUGACCAUAAAACCUGAAAUUCUACUGAAUUAUUCCCCUUACUCUAUUUCGAAAAUUCCAGCAUGGCAGUUGUUUUUCUGUCAAACUCUAAGAACAGUCAAGUAUGCUGUCCAUGACAGGUAUUGUUGUUUUCCUUCUAUCAAACUGUUAAAUAUCUUAGUAUAAAAACAAUUAUGUAAAAAUAAUACAAUUAAGUUUUUAUCUAUUUGUUAAUUUUUGAAAUCAUGUGAAAAUGUUCAUUUUAUGAAGUUUUGUGAACGAAGUACAGAUGUACAUAUACAAGUAAAUGGCAUUAUAUUGACAGCUCUGGCAUUGUACAUGUCAUGUUUUUCAGCAGAAUAGUUUGAUUUUAGUUUUAUAGAAUCAUUUGUUAUUUUAUGAGACUUAAUUUCAUAUUUUAUGAAAUGUGUGCCUUAUACUUCUUUUAUUAAAAGUAUGAACAAGAAAAAGACUUGAGAUUUCUUGAAAAGUGAUGGUGGAAGAGAAAUAAUACAAAAUUGCAUAUUAAUAAACUUGCUGCUAUGAAAAGC